GAAUCGCCAUAAUUGAUCUGUUGAUUCGAAGGACGUUUGCGUACGAAUCGUCGUCGCUUCGAGGCGAUUCGUCAGAUGUUUUUUGUGGAGGAUCAUCAAGUAGUGCUCAUUCGUCGACAUCUUCUGCUUCAUCGACAUUAUUUGCUGCUUCAUCGCCCUCGCAAGCCACUUCCAACAACAACAACGACAAUAGUAACGCAAUGUCGUCAACAACACAACAAAAUUCCGUUUCAUCACGACGCAAACAAGCCAAACCACAACGUCUCUCCACUGAACUCGACGUGAAUACGCAACUGGCCAAUAUUACUGCUGGAACAGCACCUAGUAGUGCACUUGCCAAU